GUGUGAGAUGUUUACGGAAGCUGUUGGAAAGGAAGCGGAAGCGCCGGUUUGGCGGGAGCAGAUGAAGAUGGACGCGCGGAGAGUGAAGCAGAAAGUGAGCGCGGGGUUUAAGAUGCGCGGAUUAAUCCUGCGCCCGGAGUCCAGCCGCUUCCUGCUGCAGGUCCUGGAGUCCGUCACCGAAGCGGAUCUGGACGAGGUUCUGGAGCGGAUCCUGGAUGCUGUCGAGAAACAGCCGCGAAGUGCUUUAUGGGUGAUGACCGCAGAGAACUGCGCAGGUUACACGCCGCCUCGGGGCAGAGAUGACGGGUUCUGUGUCUCAGUGGGGUCCAGUAUGGUGGAGCUGGCGGUGGCGGAGGCGGCGGUCCAGGACUGCAGUCAGUCUUGUGAUGAAACCAUAGACAAUGUUUUCAACAUCAUUGGAGCCUUUGACGUGCCUCGAUUCAUCUUCAGCACAGAAAGAAAGAAAUUCGUCCCCAUCAGCAUGACGAAUCAUCCGGUCCCUAAACUCUGCGGUCAGUGCAGAGAUAAAGCCGAGCUCUUCAGAGAGCGAUACACUAUCUUACAGCAGAGAACACACAGGCAUGAGCUCUUCACUCCUCCUGUUAUCGGUUCAGCUCCUGAUGAAGGGAGGAACAAAUUCCAGCUGAAGACGGUGGAGGCUCUUCUGGGCAGCACAGCUAAAGUCAGAGAAGUGAUUGUUCUCGGCAUGAUCACGCAGCUUAAAGAGGGCAAGUUCUACCUCGAGGACCCCAGCGGCGCAGUGCAGCUAAACAUGUCAAAGGCACAGUUUCACAGCGGUCUUUACACCGAGUCCUGCUUUGUUCUGGCUGAAGGAUGGUACGAGGAUUCUGUGUUUCACGUCAACGCUUUUGGUUUCCCGCCCACAGAACCCUCUUCUUUCACCAGGGCUUAUUACGGCAAUAUCAACUUCUUUGGCGGGCCAUCCAGCACUGCGGUCAAAGCCUCGGCCAAACUGAAGCAGCUGGAGGAGGAGAACGAGGACGCCAUGUUUGUGAUCGUGUCGGACGUGUGGCUGGACAGUGUGGAGGUUCUGGAGAAGAUCCAAACCAUGUUCUCAGGUUACUCUGCCAUGCCGCCCACCUGCUUCAUCUUCUGCGGGAACUUCUCUUCGGCUCCGUACGGCAGAAACCAGCUCCGAACACUCAAAGAGUCUUUUAAAGCACUUGCUGAUCUCAUCUGUGAAUAUCCCAGCAUUCACAACAGCAGUCGUUUUGUGUUUGUUCCCGGACCAGAAGACCCCGGGCCCGGCACUGUUUUACCCAGACCUCCGCUGGCUGAGCACAUCACAGAGGAGUUCAGACAGCGCGUGCCCUUCUCCGUCUUCACCACCAACCCCUGCAGGAUUCAGUACUGCAGUCAGGAGAUGGUGGUGAUUCGAGAAGAUCUGGUCAAUAAGAUGUGCAGAAACUGUGUUCGACUCCCAAGCAGCAACCUGGACAUUCCUUCUCACUUUGUGAAAACCGUCCUGUCACAAGGUCAUCUGACGCCGCUGCCGCUGUACGUGUGUCCGGUGUACUGGCCGUACGAUUACACGCUACGAGUUUAUCCCGUUCCUGACGUCAUCGUCUUCGCCGACAAAUACGACCCGUUCAACGUGUGCAACACAGACUGCCUGUGCAUCAACCCGGGCUGUUUUCCCAGAAGCGGAUUCUCCUUUAAGGUUUACUAUCCGUCCAACAGAACAGUGGAGGACAGUAAAUUGCAAGGACUUUAAACAAGUGGAACGUCAUGUGCUUCAUGUUUUUAUUUCUAUGGAACUCUUUAAAAUCUAGAUUUCCUUUUAGAUUCUGUUACAAUAAUUUCAUAUGGUAAUGUCUGAUUUAUGUCGAUGCACUUUCAAAGUAAAAUAAAUAUGGAUAAAAUGUG